AUGUUUUACCUGUUUGAUCUCGCCAAGAACACCAAGAACUACGGGAGAGUGGAUCCACUACUUCCUCCUCCUCCACCACCACCCACCUACGAGUACUCGUCGGAUGAUGACGAGGAGGAACCACCCAAAAGCAAUCCACAAACAGCAGCAGCAGCACCGCCGUAUCAAACCACGGCUACCAGCAACAGUGUCAUUCAAGUACGGGGUGUAGCACGAGACGAAAUUUUGUCCUUGGAUCGAGCCGUGGAUCGACUGGGGAUGGGAGCCUUUCAGUACCAAAUACUCAUUGCGGCGGGACUCUUCAUGGCAGCCGAUUCCAUACAGAGUGUACUCUUGAGUUUUCUAUCCAAAAGUCAACAACUUCAAUCCGUGACGAUCGACGACAAUCAAACAUUGGCAGCAGGACGACACCUCGUCUUGACGCAAUAUUUAUCACAACACGACACCAACCGCACAGACACGGUACAAAUUGCCGCCGAAGCACAAGCCAUGAACGAUAUCACCAUGGUGGUCUUUCCGGCAGCCUUAAUGGGGGCACUGGUGUGGGGGAUGCUCGGGGAUAUCGUGGGGAGACGACCCGUAUUUGUCUACGGAGCCGCUCCGUUGGUGGCCAUUUGUGGACUGGGGACGGCACUCGUAUCGGCAUCGCCGGUACUCUCCAACGAUUGGUUACUCCUCACCAGUUUCCUGGUCGCAUUUGGCGUCGGGGCCGUCACGAUUCCAUAUGAUUUGUUGUCGGAAGUCGUGUCACUCCAACAUCGAGCGCGUUGUCUCAUUUUGCUCCAAGUAUUCUGGACCGUGGGAGCCUUGUUGAUUCAUCUCGUACUGAAACUACUGCUGGCAGCAUCCAACGACGAUGAUCGAAAAACCAUGUUCAUCAUGGUGCCACAGGUUCAUGCCACCGUGGACGAUCAAAUUGCGUUUGAGGCUUCCUGGCAAUGGGUCGUUCUGGUCGUUCUGGUCGUCGUUUGCGCCGUUCCUUGCAUCUUUGCCACUCUCAUUGGCAUCUUUGCUGUGCCGGAAUCACCAAGAUGGUUGGUCGCCAAGGGCCAUCACCAAUCCGCCUUGCGUAUCUUGAGACGAGCCGUCAUGAUCAAUAAUAAUAAUCCACAACAACAACAGCGGAACAACGAUGGACACGAAUCCUUCCCGGAUUGUACCAUUCUGUAUACGCAUGAACAACCCGAAUCGCUUCGGACCAUUUGCAGUCUCUGUGCGUCCGACUGGAUGAAAGUCACAUCGGCCUUGUGGGCAACCUACUUUGGAAUGGCAUUUUUGGAUCAUGGCACGCUCACAUUGACCGUGUCGGUGUUUUCCAAUGAUGCCCGACAACAAGAUUUUCAAGGAGUCUUUCGAUCGGCGGCCGAAUUGGCCGGACUCUGGUUAGCUUGGUGGACGAUUGACGAUUACGGGAGGAUCAUGACCCAACAGUGGGCGUAUCUAGGAGGUGGCAUCUCGUGUCUUGGCAUUGCCUUGCUCAUUACACCCGUCACAGACAGUGAUUACGACAAUCUGCUCCUGGUACUGGCAUUUAUCAAUCGCAUGGUGGUUACUACUGGGACUUGUGCGACGUGGAUAUCCACUGCCGAAGUUUUGGCCACGGAAAUCCGAACGUCGCGCCAUGCCAUUGCGCAUGCCGUGGGACGUCUUGGUGACUAUGCGGCACAGGCGGUCUUUUGGAGAAUGACAUCCCUUCCUGAAAUUGGUGUAGUCUUGUUGGCCGUCGGUAUUUGGACAACGUUUGCCAGUGGGUCUCUUCCUGAAACGCAAGCCAAAGAUAUGGGAGUGGGCCACUUGCCGUGGAUGAAUCGAAACGAAAAUUCCGCAUGGGGGCCUACUACUGGCAGGAAACGAAACAGAAAGAAGACACGGAGUAGGCAGAACUUGUCGCCCUACUAA